UUAUCUUUUUCUUUACUUCUUCUUCGUAGUGAGUGAGAGAGAAAGUUCCAGAAGAGAAAUUUUUCACGGAAGAAUAAUCAAUUUCCUGAACUUUUCUUGCUUAAAGAUCAAUGUCUGAAGUAAAAAAGUUAAUAGAGAAGCUUGAGAAGGUUGAGAAGCAAGUGAUAAAGUCUGGACAAACAUCUCAGGCAGAUGAGGAACGUGGGAAGGUGCUUGAUAGUUUUUUGAAAGAAUUCGAGCAAAAUAGAAAAGGAUCUUUAAUUGAUGUCUUGGAAAAACUCUCUGGUUUAUUACCUUCAAAGGUAUAUGCUAGAAAGGAACAAACUGUGUCUACUGAAGAGAAAAUAACAUCACACAUAAACCGGUUUAUGAGAAAUCGUAUUGGUGACUUAAUUGGAGAGGCCCUCAAGACGACAAAUCCACAACAGCUGCCGGCUCUUGCAACAUUUGUUGAAAAUCAAGUUCUUAUGUCUGAUGCCACGCCGUUCAAUGUUUCAGAUACUAUUCAAGUAGAUGGGUUGAUAAGUGUCAUGCAGAUGUUGGUUCAAUUCUACAAGAGCGGUGUUCAAAUCAACGGGGUUCUCAAUUUCGUGAACAACUAUGUCUGGCCACGUUUUGAAGAGCUGCCGGAGGACAGAAAACUUGAUUUUCUUAGAGCGUUGGCUGAGAUUUCGUCAUUCACGCGAGCUCCUGUAUCAGACGACACGCUUCGCUCAAUGGUUAAGAUCUUAAAGGUGUACAUGCCUACCAGUAAGGGGAGUGUGUUUGAGGAAGAAAAAAGUUCGACACAUGUUGAGUGUCUAUUAUACGUCUUCCACCACUUGGCCCACAAGGCUAAAAAUCCCAAAACAGCAACGUCGCUUUGCGUGGAAUUAAGAGAGAGAUUGAAGAAUGUUACAUUAAUGACCGCCAAGAAUAGAGGAGCUACGCAUUAACUUAUGCAACGACGAUAACGUCCUUCGGGGACCUACAUGAUGGAUGAUGGAACUUAAGUUACUUUGGGAAAUGAAGAAGGAGAAAACUGUAAAUGAACUCGGGAGCUGCAUCAACCUAAUAGGCAUGACAGAGCACGAAAUACUCAAAAGUCCCAGAUAAGAGUGAAAAGGUGACAAAUUCCCUUUCAGAGGAAUCUCAGAAUGUCUGAAGUGUGGUUUUAUGUGCAAACUAAUCAAGUGAAGCUCUGUUUCUUGGAGCUUUAGAAGAAUCACAACUUCGUAAGGGAGAUGGUGAGUUUAGAUUACAUCAAGAUUCCAAAACUGAUAUGUUUUUUUGAAAGAUUCUAGAAAAGAUAUAUUCGUCUUAAUUUUUUUUUUUUAUAGGAAAUAAGAAAAUUGUUGCGUUAACACAACAAUUUUCUCUUUUUCUUUCUCUUUGAAAGAAAUAAGAUAAUUAGCAGAGCUAGUUAUUAAUACAUUGAAUAAGUUCACAUGUACAAUUAGGGAUCAUAAGUAUCAUUUCCUUUGCGGGAGCCUAUGUGGCCACUAACCUCGUAAGUAGUUUGAGGUAUAUUCGCAAAUUGGAUGACAAGAAUAUUCUCCUCUGCUUCUGGUAUUUUGGUGUUCACACCGAUUUAAAGGCUCUUGGAAAAGACUGAAGAGCACUAAAGAUCGAUCAUCAGUGCUAUGGAAAUUCUAUAGAAAAUUUCUUACUUCACAUCUAAUAUCAUGCAGUACCUAAAGAAAAUUUCCACGAGUUCGAUUGCAUGGAUCAUCACUCUCCCAAUGCUGAUGACCCUUGUAGAGCUUACGAAAAAUUAAGGCUGUUAGAAGAAUCUCCACAUUUGAGGAGGCUAGAACUUCGAAAAAGAGGGUCAACAGAGGCAGACCUAUUUCAUUACUCUGGACUGUUCGAAUUAAGAAAAGAGAUUUAUAGUCCUCAUCAGUAAUCCUCUUUUUCCUGGCAUAUCACACAGUUUUUAUAGAAUCCAUUAAUGAAAUGAAUGGAGAACUCAUAACCGUGAGUAAAUUGAGCAAUGGUCUUCAGACGGGUGAUGAGGGAUACGUGUACGUGUCUUUAGCAACUUUGUAUUUUUCUGUGAGUGCAGUUGGGAAUCACAAAAGGCUUUUCGAGGUUUAUCUAAACCCAGUCACCUGCUCUCUAAUUUCGUGACCAUAGAGCUAGAGGGUGAGGAAAAACCAGAAAAUAGACAAGUUUUUUUUUCUACACACAAAAAAAUCCUUAUUAUGACUCACAAGAUCAUUUUAUUCACAAAAGAUGUCAUAUGAUCAUUCUCUACACAAAAGACAUUGGUAUUCUGACUCACGCUCAAAAGUGUUUACAUGUGUGAUCGUGAGUCAAAAUACCAAUGUCUUUUGUGUAGAGAAUGAUCAUGACGCCUUUUGUGAGUAGAAUGAUCUCGUGAGUUAUAAUAUGGACGUUUUUGUGUGUAGAAGAAGGAUCUUGUCUACUUUCCGGUUUUCCCUCACCCUCUAGUUAUAUGGUCACGAAAUUAGAAAGCAGGUGAAUGGGCUAAGAUAAACCUCAAACAUCUUUUUAUGAUUCUCCAACUGUAUCCAUAGGAAAGUACAAAGUUGCUAGAGACACAUACACAUAUCCCUCAUCACCCGUCUCAAGACCAUUGCUCAAUUUACACACGGCUACAAGUUGUUCAUUCAUUUCCUUAAUGGAUUCAAGUAAGACUGCGUGAUAUGCCAGGAAAAAGAGGAUUGUUGAUGAAGACCAUAAUGGAUCCCUUUUCUUAAUUCGAACAGUCUUGAGUAGUGAAGUAGGUCUGCCUUUAUUGACACCUCCAUUUCCAAGUUCUUGCAUACCCUCCUCAAAUAUGGGAAUUCUUCUAAUAGCUUUGAUUUUCGUAGGUUUUUCCAAGGGUCAUCAACAGUGGGAGGGUGGUGAUUCCUGCAAUCGAAAUCGUGGAAAUAUUUUUCUCUAUGUACUCCAUAAUCUUGGAUGUGAAGUAAGAAAUUCUCUAUAGAAUUUCCAUAGCAGCUAUGAUCAACCUUUAGUGCUCUUGGGUUUUUUCCAAGAACCUAUGAAUCUGUGUGGGCACAAAGAUACUAUGUGCAGAGGAGAAUAUUAUUGUCAUCCAGUUUGUGAAUAUAUCUAAAACUACUAACGAGGUCAAUGGCCACAUAGGCUCCAUAAAGGAGAUGAUACUCUUGAUCCCUAAUUGCUACUGUGAAUUUAUUCCAUGUAUUAACUAGUUCCACUACUUUUCUUAUUUCCUAUCAAAGAAAAAAAGAAUAGAAAAUUGAGUUAACACAUCACUUUUCUUAUUUCCUAUCAAAAAAGGAAAAAUUAAGGUGAAUAUACUUUUUCUGUCAUCUUCCAAAAUAACAUACCAGUUUUAGAAUUUUGAUAUAACCUAAACUCAUCAUCUCUUUUACGAAGUUGUGAUUCUUCUAAAACCUUAAGAGACAAAGCUUCGGACUUGGUUAGUUUGCAUAUAAAAUCAUAUUUUAGACAUUCCAGAGAUUAUUUUGGAAAGGAAUUUUUCAUUUUUUCACGCAUAUUUGGGAUUAACAGACGGAUUCUUACUCAAGCAGAUUUCUGAAUAUACAUGUAGUCUUUUCUGAUCCUUUUCUUCUUUCUUUUCUCUCUUCUCUGAAUCUUUAUAGUUUCAAUUUCAAUUAAUGAUGAUGCUCUUAUAGAUAUCUUAUU